AACAUCACCUUCUUUUCACUCUUAUCUCUCACAACUUAACUUAUUUUCCAAUAACCUUUUCUGGGUUUCUCUCUUCCUCCAUUGAUCUUCUUCUCAUCAUCACUCUAAUCUGGGUUUUCUUUCUUCUCCUCCACCGUUCAUGUUUAGCUUCUCAGUUUCUGCAUUUUUACGAGGUUGAAAGUUACAACCCACCAAGCAUUAUUUAUUAUUAUUAUUAUUAUUUUUCCUUUUAGGGUUUCGUUUCUGCUACUUCCAUGGACAUCUCCACCGCUUUUAUCAUCCUAUCAGCUGUUACGGCUUAUUUGCUUUGGUGGAAAGUCGUCUCCAGAUCACUUACUGGUCCACGUGUUUGGCCCUUAUUGGGUAGCCUUCCUGGUCUCAUCGACAACGCUAAUCGCAUGCAUGAUUGGAUUGCAGAUAAUCUCCGCUCCACUGCUGGCACUUACCAGACUUGCACGUGUGCAAUUCCCUUUCUUGCCGGUAAGCAAGGUCUUGUGACUGUCACCUGCGACCCCCAGAAUGUGGAGCACGUCUUGAAGGCUAGGUUUGAUAAUUAUCCUAAGGGCCCUAAUUGGCAAGCCGCUUUUCAUGAUUUGCUCGGAGAUGGAAUCUUCAACUCUGACGGAGACACGUGGCUCUUCCAGCGUAAGACUGCCGCACUGGAAUUCACCACCAGGACCCUGCGCCAAGCCAUGGCUAGGUGGGUCAGCCGAGCCAUUAAGAAUAGAUUUUGUCCAAUGCUUGAGUCGGCUCAGCUCCGAGCCCAGCCGGUUGAUCUUCAAGACUUGCUGCUCCGGCUCACUUUUGAUAACAUUUGUGGCUUGGCUUUUGGCAAGGACCCACAAACGCUGUCCCCAGAGCUUCCCGAAAACGGCUUCGCUGUAUCUUUUGACCGAGCCACGGAAGCCACGCUGCAGCGCUUCAUUUUGCCUGAAGUUGUGUGGAAGCUCAAGAAAUGGCUUCGGCUCGGAAUGGAAAGCAGCUUGAGCCAGAGCCUUCAGCACAUUGACACAUACUUGUCCGAUAUCAUCAAUACCCGUAAGCUUGAGUUGCUGAGUCAGCAGAACGGAGAUGGCAAUGGGAACCCUCACGAUGAUCUGUUGUCCAGAUUCAUGAAGAAAAAAGAAUCUUACUCAGACAAGUUCCUCCAGCAUGUGGCUUUGAAUUUUAUUCUAGCGGGUCGUGACACAUCAUCAGUUGCUCUGAGCUGGUUCUUUUGGUUGGUCAGUCAACACCCAAAAGUGGAAGAGAAAAUCCUCAUUGAAAUUUGUAGCAUUUUAUUGGAGACACGUGGCGAUGACAUUUCAAAAUGGUUGGAGGAGCCAUUAGUGUUUGAAGAAGUUGACCGAUUGAUAUACCUCAAGGCAGCAUUGUCUGAGACAUUAAGGCUUUACCCUUCAGUGCCACAAGACUCCAAACAUGUAGUGGCCGAUGAUGUUUUACCGACCGGAGUUCAUGUUCCGGCAGGAUCAUCUAUAACAUACUCAAUUUAUGCGAUUGGUCGCAUGAAAUUUUUAUGGGGAGAAGAUAGUCUAGAAUUCAAGCCAGAAAGGUGGUUGUCAAUGGAUGGUAAGAAAAUUGAGGUACAAGAUUCAUAUAAAUUUGUAGCGUUUAAUGCAGGUCCAAGGAUUUGCUUGGGUAAAGAUCUGGCUUAUUUGCAAAUGAAGUCGAUUGCUGCGGCGGUGUUGUUGCGACACCGACUAUCAGUGGUGGUAGGCCACCGUGUGGAACAAAAAAUGUCGCUCACGCUGUUUAUGAAGUAUGGGCUAAUGGUGAACGUAAAUCCAAGGGACCUGAGGCCUAUAGUGGAAAGCGUAAACAAUAGUAAAAUCAAUCAAUUGUCUUGGACAUGAGACGGUGGCUACGACUGCUGAAGGUGACCGGUUGCGGGGCCAGGCUUGGCUUAUAUAUAUGUGGUUUGUGAAUAGGUUGCAGCAAUGACUUAAUUCUCAAGUCAUGAAGGUAUUUAAUUUUCUAAGUCAUUAUUGGAAUAAAUAUAAGCUAAAAUAGAAGGUUUUCAUAAAGGGUAGCUAUAAGUUAAUUUAUAAUGUUGCUUUAAUUUAACUUUGGGCAAUAUACAAGUCUUUACGUAACUUGUACAAGUGAUAUACCAUACUUCAAUCUCAUUGUAAUUGCCUAUAUUUAAUACCAAAUAAAACAUUAUUUUAUCAUGUA